AUGGGAAAAAAAUAUUUAGUAGCACUCGACGGCUCAGAGAAUUCUAACUAUGCUCUUUCGUGGGCUCUUGAAAAUUUGGUUGAUCUAAAUAAUGGCGUGGAACAAGAAGCAGAAAACAUUGUAAAUAGUGGAAAAAAAUUGGUUGAUGACUUUCUUGCAACUAAAAAAAUAGAGCUUCCUCUGGAAUUACACUUUAAUUCUAGUACCGAUCCCCCAAACUGUAUCGUUGAUUUCAUAAGGGAACAUCAUAUUGACGUCCUCGUUUUGGGGAAUAAAGGGAAUAUUUCUCGGCAUUGUCUUAGUUUUGCUGAGUGUACGGUUGUAAUUGUUCGAAAAAAAAUAGAAUCACACAAGGUCGAAAAAAAAUAG